GAAGCCUUCCUGUUCCUCCAGCAGAUCAGCUGACUCUGAUGCUGCUGUCAGGAGACCUCACGAACUGCACUUGAAUGGCAACUAUGAACAUUAUCCAGCCAUAGAAACACUACUAACAGAUAUAUUGUCACUAAUAACAGCCACAUUUAUAACAUACGGUUUUGUCGAGCUGCACCAGUGCUGUAAACAUGACAGAGUUUUGGUUGAUCUCUGCGCCUGGAGAAAAGACCUGCCAGCAAACAUGGGACAAAAUGAUGGCAGCCACCACACGUACCAACAACCUGUCCACCAACCACAAGUUCAACAUUCCAGACCUCAAGGUUGGGACAUUAGAUGUCUUGGUCGGGUUGUCGGAUGAACUGGCCAAAUUAGAUUCCUUUGUUGAAAGUGUGGUGAAGAAGGUGGCUCAGUACAUGGCCGACGUGCUGGAGGACAGCCGAGACAAAGUACAAGAGAACCUGCUGGCCAACGGAGUUGAUCUUGUCACCUACAUCACAAGAUUCCAGUGGGAUAUGGCAAAAUAUCCCAUAAAACAGUCACUUAAAAACAUCUCUGAAAUCAUCUCAAAGCAAGUAACCCAGAUUGAUAAUGACUUGAAGACCAGAGCUUCAGCUUAUAAUAACCUGAAGGGAAACCUGCAGAACUUAGAGAGGAAGAAUGCGGGGAGCCUGCUGACCAGGAGCUUGGCUGACAUUGUAAGGAAGGAAGACUUUGUACUUGAUUCUGAGUACCUCAUCACUCUGCUGGUAGUUGUACCAAAGACAGGCUACCCUGACUGGCAGAAAACAUAUGAAACACUUGCUGAGAUGGUCGUGCCUCGAUCCUCAAACCUGCUAUUUGAGGACAAUGACAGUGGGCUGUUCAGUGUUACUCUAUUCAGGAAAGCAAUUGAUGACUUCAAACACAAAGCCAGAGAGAACAAGUUCACAGUGAGAGACUUUCAGUACAAUGAAGAGGAGAUGAAGGCAGACAAAGAGGAGAUGACGCGGCUCUCCACAGAUAAAAAGAAGCAGUUUGGUCCACUUGUCCGAUGGCUGAAAGUGAACUUCAGUGAAGCCUUCAUUGCAUGGAUUCACAUUAAAGCACUGAGGGUCUUUGUGGAAUCUGUUUUAAGAUAUGGGCUGCCAGUGAACUUUCAGGCCAUGCUCCUGCAGCCAAACAAGAAGACCCUGAAGAAGCUGAGGGAGGUGCUAAAUGAUCUGUACAAACAUCUGGACAGCAGCGCAGCAGCAAUCAUUGAUUCUGCGAUGGACAUCCCAGGCCUAAACCUGAGCCAGCAGGAGUAUUAUCCUUACGUCUACUACAAGAUCGACUGCAACCUGUUGGAUUUCAAAGUGUAACACUUCGCUCUGUUUUUGUCCUGACAUUGAGUGUUGAUUAAGUUAUGUUUUUUCCUGGGUCAAACCUCCCCUCCUCCCACACUGUCCAUCUCCUCACCGCCUCCCCUCCACAUCAGCUGCUUGAAUGACAGUGCUGCAUGUUCAUUCCUGGUGGUGAAAAGGCUCAUCAACAAACUUCUACCACUUUUACAACCAAGGGACAAAAAAUAAAAGACUUUUAAAUAUUGCUUUUUUUUUUGGUUUACGGUUUAUUUUUCUUUUAAAACCACACAGAAAAUUAGCUUUUUUGGUGUGAAAUGAAUUUUAAAAAAUCAUAAUGGAGAGCUGUAUAUUUACUGUCUCAUUCCACGUGCUGGUGUGUAUUGAUAGCUACAUCUUCUGUAUCGAUGUUCACAGAUUCAUGUUUACAUAUGGGCGAUUUCAUCAUUGUACCCAUGGCAACCACAUCUGGUAUGUGUUUCUGAGAUUGUGGGUGACCCCAGCAGACAUUGUGAAUCAAAGAUGUUAUACGAGUGUAUGUUGUCGUCUCAUGUUGUGUGUGCAUUUGCUGUCCACAGGAGAUCUAUAUCUGAGUAUUGUGUAAGCCAUUGAUUGAAUAUAUGAUUGUUGAAAUCAUAUGAAAUGAGUGUGAAUUGAUUAAUAAAUAUGGAAAAAAAACUAAA